GAGAUGGCUUUCUCAAGGAUGCUGGCGGUGGCGGUUCUGGCGGCGCUGUUCAUCGGCGCGAUGUCCACGAAGGUGGACUUGACGGUGGAGAAGGGUUCUGACGCGAAGACGCUGGUGCUGAACAUCAAGUACACGAGGCCAGGGGACACCCUGGCGGAGGUGGAGCUCCGGCAGCACGGCUCGGAGGAGUGGGAACCCAUGACGAAGAAGGGCAACCUGUGGGAGGUGAAGAGCGCCAAGCCGCUCACCGGCCCAAUGAACUUCCGCUUCCUCUCCAAGGGCGGCAUGAAGAACGUCUUCGACGAGGUCAUCCCCACCGCCUUCACGGUCGGCAAAACCUACACCCCGGAAUAUAACUGAAGAUCCAGUGAUCCAUUCGACAUCCAUCCAUCC